CAGCCGGAUUGGUGUUGCUGCUGCUGCUGCUGCUGCGCCCGCCCGUCGCUGGGGACCAGCCUGGGAAGGGAUGCGGUGGGGCGCACGACCUGGCCCCCCGCGGGGACAGCAUGACCCGGCGUGAUCGGCUCAUGAAGGGGAGACCCCAGAGGCAGCCUGAGGCCGGGGGAGGCUCCCGGGCCGGUUACAUUCUCGCCCGACCAAGCCUUGUCCUGAUGCUGGAAAGGGGGGAACAGCCUUGCAUGAGCAACAGCAAGAUCGGCGUGGGCACCAACCCUCUGAGCAGCAGUGUUGCGGACUCGCAGGCCCUGAAAGAGAACGCCAAAUCGCCUUCGCCCGCGGCUCUGUCUUCGCCACCCGCCACGGAGUCGCCCAAGCCUGCCCGGCCCCGCCGCCCCCGCCCCCCGGCCGUGCUGCCCUCCGAGCGCCCCUACCAGUGCAAAGACUGCGGCAAGCGCUUCGUGUACCGCUCCAAGCUGGCCACGCACCAGUGGACCCAUUGCGCUGAACGCCCGUACAAAUGCCCCGACUGCCCCAAGAGUUUCAGCUACCCGUCCAAGCUGGCGGCCCACCGCCGCACGCACACCGGCGAGCGGCCCUACCCCUGCACGCUCUGUCCCAAGCGCUUCGGACACCGCUCCAAGCUGGCCGCCCACCAGUGGAUCCACACGCCCGAGCGCCCGUACAAAUGUGCCGACUGCCCCAAGAGCUUCUGCUACCCUUCCAAGCUGGCCGCCCACCGCCGCACACACACGGGGCAGCGGCCCUACCCUUGCAACCGCUGUGGGAAGAGCUUCUGCUACCCAUCCAAGCUGGCGGCCCACCAGCAGAUCCACGCGGCUGCCGCGGCGGGGCGGCCCUACCCGUGCAUGCGCUGCAGCAAGAGCUUCCGGCAGCUGCGCAACCUCACGCUCCACCAGCGGGUGCACGAGGAUGGGGAAGUGGGGGAUGACUUGUCCCAAAGCAAAGGCCACAGCAACGGAGAGAGGCCGUAGAGCAGAGAUCUGAAGCAACUGGACAACACGGGGGUACGGGGAGGAAACUGGCUAACUUGGAUGCUUGGUGGGAUCAUUGUAAAUAACAGCAAGGGAGAGGGGGUUUGGGAUUUACACAGAGAUGCGCUUUGAGGACCCAUAGUUGCUCAGCUCUUGUGUUGAGGGUCUUGCCGCUGUUUCCCCCCCUACAGUGCCAAGUCGAUGUGUGUCUACUCUUCUCCUCCCCAUAGCCCAAGCUGUGUAUACCAUGCUG